AGUCCUCUGGAGUUUGUCAGCGUAAACUCAAGACUAACCAGAAGAUAAAGUUCCAGUGUGUGUUUGAGGGGAUUGCUAAAGCAGGAAACCCAACCGUUCUGCAUCAGAUGUUCACAGAGAUCUACAUCAUGGAGGGAGGGGCUGCAGGGGUCAAUGAAGAACAUGAGGUCAGACAGAUUGAAACAGCAUCCAGGAAACCAGACAGACCAGAAACAAUAAUCAGAUGUGAAGACAUCUUUAAAGCCCCACCUGGAAGAGAUGAACCAAUCAGAACCGUGAUGACAAAGGGAGUGGCUGGCAUCGGGAAAACAGUCUUAACACAGAAGUUCACUCUGGACUGGGCUGAAGGCAAAGCCAACCAGGACAUCCAGUUCAUGUUCCCAUUCACCUUCAGAGAGCUGAAUGUGCUGAAAGAGAGAAAGUUCAGCUUGGUAGAACUUGUUGAUUACUUCUUUAGUGAAACCAAAGAAGCAGGAAUCUGCCGGUUUAAAGAGAUCCAGGUUGUCUUCAUCUUUGACGGUCUGGAUGAGUGUCGACUUCCUCUGGACUUCCUCAACACUGAGAUCCUGACUGAUGUUACAGAGUCCACCUCAGUGGGUGUGCUGCUGACCAACCUCACCAGGGGGAAUCUGCUUCCCUCUGCUCGCCUCUGGAUAACCACACGACCUGCAGCAGCCAAUCAGAUCCCUGCUCAGUAUGUUGACAUGGUGACAGAGGUCAGAGGAUUCACUGACCCACAGAAGGAGGAUUAUUUCAGUAAGAGAUACAGAGACAAGAAGCAGGCCAGCAGAAUCAUCUCCCACAUCAAGACAUCACGAAGCCUCCACAUCAUGUGCCACAUCCCAGUCUUCUGCUGGAUCACUGCUACAGUUCUGGAGAAGAUGUUGAAGACCAGAGGGGGAGGAGAGCUGCCCAAGACCCUGACUGAGAUGUACAUCCACUUCCUGGUGGUUCAGUCCAAACUGAACGUUAAAUAUCAUGGGAAAUCUGAGAUGGAUCAACACUGGAAUCCAGAGUACAGGAAGAUGAUUGAGUCUCUGGGAAAACUGGCUUUUGAGCAGCUGCAGAAAGGCAACCUGAUCUUCUAUGAAUCAGACCUGACAGAGUGUGGCAUCGAUAUCAGAGCAGCAUCCGUGUACUCAGGAGUGUUCACACAGAUCUUUAAAGAGGAGAGUGGACUGUACCAGGACAAGGUGUUCUGCUUCGUCCAUCUGAGUGUUCAGGAGUUCCUGGCUGCUCUUCAUGUCCAUCUGACCUUCACCAACUCUGGAGUCAACCUGCUGGCAGAAGAACGAACAACCUCCCGGCUGCCUAAAGUCUUCAGAGUCAAACCCAAACUAAACCGUCUCCAUCAGAGUGCUGUGGACAAAGCUUUACAGAGUCCAAAUGGACACCUGGACUUGUUCCUCCGCUUUCUCCUGGGUCUGUCACUGCAGACCAAUCAGAGACACCUACAAUGUCUGAUGACCUGUGCUGGAAGUAGCUCACAGACCAAUCAGGAAACAGUUGAGUACAUCAAGAAGAAGAUCAGUGAGAGUCUGUCUGCAGAGAGAAGCAUCAAUCUGUUCCACUGUCUUAAUGAACUGAAUGAUGGUUCUCUAGUGGAGGAGAUCCAACAGUCCCUGAGUUCAGGAAGUCUCUCCACAGAUAAAUUGUCUCCUGCUCAGUGGUCAGCUCUGGUCUUCAUCUUACUGUCAUCAGAAGAAGAUCUAGACGUGUUUGACCUGAAGAAAUACUCUGCUUCAGAGGAGGCUCUUCUGAGGCUGCUGCCAGUGGUCAAAGCCUCCAACAAAGCUCUGCUGAGAGGUUGUAACCUGUCAGAGAGAAGCUGUGAAGCUCUGUCCUCAGUUCUCAGCUCCCAGUCCUCUAGUCUGAGAGAGCUGGACCUGAGUAAUAUCUACCUGCAGGAUUCAGAAGUGAAGCAUCUAUCCUCUGGAUUGAAGAGUCCACACUGCAGACUGGAAACUCUCAGGCUGAGUGGGUGUAACCUAUCAAAGAGAAGCUGUGAAGCUCUGUCUUCAGUUCUCUGCUCCCAGUCCUCUAGUCUGAGAGAGCUGGACCUGAGUAAUAUCUACCUGCAGGAUUCAGGAGUGAAGCAUCUAUCCUCUGGAUUGAAGAGUCCACACUGCAGACUGGAAACUCUCAGAUUGAGUGGCUGUACAUUGUCAGAGAGAAGCUGUGAAGCUCUGUCCUCAGUUCUCAGCUCCCAGUCCUCUAGUCUGAGAGCGCUGGACCUGAGUAACAACAACCUGCAGGAUUCAGGAGUGAAGCAUCUGUCCUCUGGAUUGAAGAGUACACACUGCAGACUGGAAACUCUCAGGCUGAGUGACUGUAAGCUGUCAAAGUUAAGCUGUGAAGCUCUGUCCUCAGUUCUCAGCUCCCAGUCCUCUAGUCUGAGAGACCUGGACCUGAGUAACAACGACCUGCAGGAUUCAGGAGUGGAGCUGAAGUCUCCUGGACUGAAGAGUCCACACUGCAGACUGGAAACUCUCAGUCUCUCAUUCUGUAUGAUCUCAGAGGAAGGCUGUACUUCUCUGGUCUCAGCUCUGAGCUCCAACCCCUCCCAUCUGAGAGUGCUGGACCUGAGCUACAAUCAUCCAGGAGACUCAGGAGUGAAGCGGCUUUCUGCUUUACUGGAGGAUCCAAACUGCAGACUGGACACUCUCAGACUGAGUGGCUGUACAUUGUCAGAGAGAAGCUGUGAAGCUCUGUCCUCAGUUCUCCGCUCCCAGUCCUCUAGUCUGAGAGAGCUGGACCUGAGUAACAACAACCUGCAGGAUUCAGGAGUGGAGCUGAUGUCUCCUGGACUGAAGAGUCCACACUGCAGACUGGAAACUCUCAGGUUGAGUGGCUGUACAUUGUCAGAGAGAAGCUGUGAAGCUCUGUCCUCAGUUCUCAGCUCCCAGUCCUCUAGUCUGAGAGAGCUGGACCUGAGUAACAACGACCUGCAGGAUUCAGGAGUGGAGCUGAUGUCUCCUGGACUGAAGAGUCCACACUGCAGACUGGAAACUCUCGGUUUCUCAGGCUGUAUGAUCUCAGAUGAAGGCUGUAAUUCUCUGGCCUUAGCUCUAAGCUCCAACCCCUCCCAUCUGAGACUGCUGGACCUGAGCUACAAUCAUCCAGGAGACUCAGGAGUGAAGCGGCUUUCUGCUUUACUGGAGGAUCCAAACUGCAGACUGGACACUCUCAGGGUGGACCAUGGUGGACCACAGAGACUGAGACCUGGUCUGAGGAAGUGUGAGUGUGUUUUAAGUUUGCUCUAAGAGAACUCAGCUGUGUGUUACACUAGUUUAACCCCUUCCUGGCGCUGGAAGUAUAAUAUGAGAUGAGGUUACUUAUUAUGGUGAAUUGGCUAAAUCUCCCUUUACCAGUGAAUGUUGUUAUUAUAGGCAUAGGUAGCUAUAAAGAAAUAAUCAACAACCAAUAACGCGGUGCCUCCACUGUGGAACUAC